CUUAAUUUUCAAUUACUUUCUCUUAUCAUAACUUUAAUUAACCGUUAUAAUUCAAAAUCCCAAUAUAACCCCCUAAGUCCGUUCUCAACUGUCAUGAAAGUGCUCGAAGAUUGUGUUAAAAUCAGCUGUUAGUGCAACAUAACCUCAAAAAACUCCAGUAGUGCAUUUUCCGCAAGUUUUCACGAUGCCUCAGGAUGACCAAGAUUGUUCCAUUGGAGCUAACUCUGGCCAUAAUCAAGCCCCACGUUAUUAAAAAUAAUUUCGCACUUAAACAAAUACGGGAAAUCAUUUUAAAGAAUGACUUCCAGAUCGUCAGAAACAACAGAAUUUCUAUUACCAGGAAAUCUGCCGAAGAUUUCUACGCUGAACAUUCCAGGAAGUUCUUCUACCAGCGUCUGGUGACUUUUAUGAGCAGUGGACCAUCAGAUGUAUACAUCCUAACCAGAGAAGAAGCCAUAGUGAAAUGGAGGGAACUCUUGGGGCCAACUAAAGUCUACAAAACCAUCAUAUCUCAUCCUGAGAGCAUUAGAGGAAGAUUUGGUAUCUCAGACACUAGGAAUGCAGCUCAUGGAUCAGAUUCUCCAGAAACAGCCGAAAAGGAGAUUAAGUUCUUCUUCCCGGAUUUUGACAUAAAGAGGUGGUUCCAAGACGAUGAAGUUCAGUUUAGAAUUAGGAAAACCGUGUUCAAUGAUGAAAAGUUUCUCCAUGAAAUAAGUAGUUAGGGUAGUUAGCUAGGAUUGACUACAAAUGAAUUGUUUUUGUUAACUAAUAAAAGCUGCUGAAAAUACAA